GGUCGGCAGAUAAAAGCCUUCCUCCGUCUGCGAGAGAGGGAUAAGGCAGAGCAGGCGGCGGCGGCGGAGGGAGCGGCGGAUCCCGGCUGCAUCUUCUCGCCAUCGGCGGGCCUCCGACUUGGAACGCACGUUUACACGUUUGCACGACAUCCACAGCUGGCCCAGGGACCGCCCAGCCUCGGAGGCACUCGCGCUGUCAGACCUCCCAGUGCACGCAGCCUCGCCAACCUCCACCGUAUCAAUCGGAUCAGUCCGGUCAUGCUAGUGACAAAGCCUCAGUUUCAUUUCAUCUGGAGACGCCCUGCCUUCCCUGUUUUUCAUCUCCUGUUUUGAAGGAUUGCAGGCUGUUUGUUCACCUCUGUCGCUGUGCCGCGUGAUGUUUUUGACUCUCAUCCGGACACCUUCCUGGCUCUAUUCCAGAUAUCUCUGCAUCUUUACAUGAAACAGCAGAACUGCACUGAUGUAGCUAAGAGGAGGACCAGUUAUUUCUCCAUCCUCUGAGUCCAGCCUCAGUUUCUGCCCUGGAUGCCUGUUUCUAUUUCAAUUUGCUGGAGUUGGACACAAAGUUCUAUUAGGAGAAGAAGUAAAGGAUUCUGUUUUCCCAGCCGGAUCUUUUGUGUUUGAGGCUCGGUGUGAGCUCAACUACAAACUGUGGGUCUUUCGGACUGUUGCAUCGUCGCACUGCACCACCUGAUGAAGAGGAAGACUGAGUUUCUUGCAGAGUGACAGGAUGUUUGAAUAUAUUAACUCAGAAACUCAAUCUAAUGGUGGACCGUAUGGGGGCUUUUCACAGAGGGCAAAUCCCGUCUUCCUCUCUCUAUAAGUCAACAGUUUUCAGAUUUAGUAAAUGUUUAGUUUUAGGGGAACACAAAAUCCACACGUCGGGUGGAGGGAGGGACGCUUCCUGUGAAAUACCAGCUGGAUGGAGCAGCACAGAGAUGGGAAACUGAUGCUCUGAGUAUUAAACAAGCUGCCAGAGCACUGGCUGGAUCUCUGUACAAUCUGUUGCUGCAUUGGCUGAGUGCACACUCUGUCAACCACAACCAAUCUGGGCUGAGGCGAGAUUCCCUUUACUAUGGAGGCAAAAAUCCCCAUCACUUCCACUUGGAGCAAGUUGACGGAUGUGAUUCCUUACUGCUGGUUUCAAAUCGUAUCUCUCCUCUCACUGUGCAAUGCCAUUACCAGACUGGGGUAGAGAAAUCAUUAAUUCAUGAGCUUAGGUAGCUGCUUGCCCGGACACUGGACAGAUCUCCUGGUUUGCACCCAUCCCUGAGAGAACACUGGGGAUAAGAAUGAACCAGCAGAAGCAGCACACAGGUUGAUUAUUGAGGUGACACCUCCAGCAGCUGCACCUUCUCCACCCAUCCAGGUCUGACACCAACUGUCUCUUGGUUGUAUUUAAGGCAGUGUAUGUUGUAGCAGCUGGAGGAUCACUAAUGGGCUGAAUAACCCCGGACAUUUUUCUGUACUCGUCUUCCUGCCUGACACAUUGCCUUGCAGCUGCUCACCUGCCAGGUGUGCAGUGAGAAAUCAGACGUAACUCUGCCCCUGACUGCAAUCAAAAGACUUAGUGCUCAGUUAAAGAAAAUACUAGAAGGCCAUUCUGUUCUGUUCAUGUGUUUAAGGCGAUGCCAAAGACGCAGAGGCUCUCUGUUUUAUUUUUAAAGGGAAUGUUUUGCCUUUCAGUACUAGUGGAACAAAUGUGCAAACCUUCAUGAAGCAUCACUUGGUUUCUCCCUAAAGCUAGCUGCUCGCUUUGUUGCCUUUUUUCGCUCCCAAUACUUUCCUCUGGCUCCAUCAUGGGGAACUCUAUGGGCUGCGUCCGACCUCCUCGUGAAAGGGAGCAAGCUGGGGCCCUCCCACACUCACCAAAGAAGCGUCUGCGUUUCAGACGUAAGCACAAGGGCAUUAAGAACCGAAGAAGAGAAAGGGAGCAAGAAGGCUGUGAGCCUGAGAAGGAGGAGGAAGGCGAGAAGGGAAGCGCCCCAGAAGCCGAGUUGCAUCUUAGCAGCCGAGCUGCGACCUUGAUCCCAGUGCCUCAUACCCAGUUCACUCAUUCCAGUCCCUAUAGCAAUACUCUGUCUGGCUCUGGGGGGGGCAGUAUGGUGGGGCUCUUCACUGGUAGGAGGCUAGAUGCGUCUCCAAAGCCCAGCCCGGCCUGGAAAGGAGUCUUCUGCCUUCCGGGGGAGGAGGACAGUGUAAGCGCAAUCAUAGAUGUCUCGAGCAUCCCCAGCCAAACCACCAUCACCCCUGUGAAGACGACCCCCACCCUGGGCAGCACCACUCCAGGUGGAGGCAGGGUCUGUCGAGUCAGGCAGAAAGCACAGGGGGUUGUUGAGAAGCCUUGGAUACUCCGACCAAGGAAGGAGAAAAAAGACAAGGGGAGAACAAGCAAACACGAGGGGGAGGAAAGGUGGGAGGGGCCUGUUGGGGAGACGCCAUCAGAAAAGGAGCAUAAAGGUGUGGUUCACAUCCGCCAGGUGGACGGUAAACUCUGCUUGGUGAGGACGGUGUAUCCCAGUGACUACAGCUCUCCAGUAUGGACGGGGGAAAAUGACGGGGAGGUGGAGGUGCACAAGGAGCCCCCAGCUCCGUCCCCCGUCACAGAAAACAUCUUUAAAGUGCAGCUGGUCGACGAGGACGAAGGUAGAUCUGAAACUUCAGCAGUUAGUGACGCAACCGGGAAAGGCUUCCGGUUUGACGCCCCCGCUUGCAGGCGUCGAAAGUCGCCCUUCUUGGAGUCGGGAUACGCCAGUGAUCUCCCGCUAACGUCUCCAGAAACCGCUGGCACCACCCCCAGUCAGCCAGACUGGGGCGGGUUAACAGGAAGCUCGUCGGAGAGACUGGACUCCACGUUGGAGAGUCCUCUGUCGCUGCAUCAUACGGCCGCUGUGAAACACCCGCAACAGAUCUCCGAGAUCUACGUAAGCGGCGAGUCAGCUGACCUCACAGCCAAAGAGAAGCUGUUGCUAUGGAGCCAGCAGGCCACAGACGGCUACCCCGGCCUCCGAUGCUCCAACUUCACCUCAUCCUGGAGCGACGGACGAAUGUUCAACGCUCUGCUGCACAGAUACAGGCCAGACCUGAUCAACAUGGAGGUGGUGUCGCGUCAGAGUAACCGGGACAACCUCGAGCAGGCCUUCGAAAUCGCUGAGUCGUUGGGCGUGACGAGGCUGCUGGAUGCUGAGGAUGUCGAUGUUCCCUCUCCAGACGAGAAGUCGGUCAUCACUUACGUCUCUUCUAUCUAUGAUGCUUUCCCCAAAAUCCCUGAAGGAGGCGAGGGCAUCAGCGCUCACGAGGUGGACCAGCGCUGGUCAGAGUACCAGUCCAGGUUUUCGUCUCUGCUGCAGUGGAGCCGCCAGCAUACAGCCCUCAUGGCCAAUAGAAAUUUCCCCCAGAACCCUGCAGAACUUAAAGCACUUUACAAUGAGUACAUCCAUCUAAAGGAAAUGGAAAUCCCAGCAAAGGAGCUUGAGAAGAGUCACAUCGAGCACCUCUAUAAACUGUUGGAGGUAUGGAUAGAAUUUGGUCGUAUUAAGCUUCCUCAAGGCCUUCAUCCCAACGACCUGGAGGAGGAGUGGGGCAAACUCAUCCUGGAGAUGCUGGAGCGAGAGAAGGCUCUUCGGCCGGCUGUUGACAGGCUGGAGGUGCUGCUUCAGAGAGCCAAUAAGAUCCAGAACAUGGCUCUGGACUGCGAGGAGAAGCUCACCCUCGCCAAGAACACACUCCAGGCUGACAUGUCUCGAGCAGAGAUGGGCGAGGCUGUGCAGUGCGAAAGAGAGAUGGCCUGCUACCUGCAGGACUGCGAGGAACUCAUCAGACACCUCAACCAAGAGCUCAAAGUUCUCAGAGAGGAAAAAUACUACCAGGUGGAGCAGCUGGCAUUCAGAGCGUCCUGCCUUCAGGAGGAGCUGGUCUCCUUGAGGCUGCAGUGCUCCAGUGUCUACAGAAAGGGCCACUUCUCUCAGAGCACCAGCCAAAGAGCCUCCGACGACAGUCUGUCUCUGGGGCAGAUGCUGCUGGGAGCGGUGGGAGCAGCCGGGGGCGCUCUUUUGCGGCGACCCAUGACACGCUCCCAGCUAGUGGCUGUGUCUUCUUCAGAGGACGAAGGAAGCUUGAGGUUUAUCUACGAGCUGCUGGGAUGGGUGGAAGAGACACAGGAGCUUCUGGAUGGUGCUGACUGGGGUGCAGAUCUCCCCUCAGUGGAAAACAACCUCCAAAAGCACAACGCCAUCCACACUGCAGUUGAAGAACUGAUGAGCGGCCUGCAAGAAGCUCGCAGCUAUGAGGCUGACGUCUCUCCAAACUUCAGGAGCAACUACUCUGAAACCUUAGCCAAACUGGAGCACCAGUACUGCAAACUACUGGAACAUUCGUCAUGGCGCCUGCAGAGCUUGGAGAGCUUGCAUGCGUUUGUGUCCCACUGCACAGAGGAGCUGAUCUGGCUCAAUGAAAGGGAGGAAGAGGAGAUCGCCUUCGACUGGAGCGACAGCAACACCAACAUGAAUGCCAAGAGAGAAAUGUACAAUGACAUGCGGUUGGAGUUUGCUGAAAAGCGAGAUGUGAUGCGGUCUCUCCAGGAAACAGCUGCUCGACUCUGUCAGGAGAACCAUCCAGCCAAGCAGACCGUAGAGGCUUACAGUGCAGCACUGCAGACACAAUGGCAGUGGGUGGACCAGUUGUGUGUUUGUGUAGAACAACACCUCAAGGACAACACAUCAUAUUUUCAGUUCAUGAGUGACGCUCGGGACUGUGAAUCAUAUCUGCGUCAGCUUCAGGACACCAUCAAGCGGCAGUACACCUGUGACAAGAACAGCCGACUCAGCAAACUGGAAGACCUGCUGCAGGACUCCAUGGAGGAGAAGGAGCAGCUGAUUGAGUACAAGAGCACACUGGCGAGCCUCGUGGGUCGGGCCAAGACUGUAGUUCAGCUCCGGCCCCGCAGUGCAGAGAGCAUGCUGGGAACCACAAUACCCAUCAAAGCCAUCUGUAAUUACAGGCAGAUCGAGACAAACGUUCAGAUCACAAUAAACCAAGGAGAGGAGUGCGUUCUGGAGGACAACUCCCAGAGGACCAAGUGGAAGGUGAUCAGUCCGACAGGAAAUGAGGCCAUGGUCCCUUCGGUGUGUUUCACCGUCCCACCCCCAAACCAGGAGGCCAUCGACACGGCCAGCAGAGCGGAGCAGAUGUACCAGAAGGUAAUGUCUCUGUGGCAUCAGCUCCACGUGAACAUGAAGAGUGUGGUUUCCUGGCACUACCUGCUCAAAGACAUCCGGACCGUGUCUGAAUGGACCCUGGACACAGUUCGUCGUCAGUCUCCUUCAGAGCGGCAGCACAUCCUGGAUCACCUGGAAUCCCAACUGACUGACUUCCUUUCGGACAGUAAGGAGAGCUCUUUGUUCACAGCGGUGGAAAGACGAGAGCUGGAGAGGGAUGUCCAGCAGGCACUGCAGCACUGCCAGGACCUGCUCGUCAACAUGGAGUCUGUGGAGAAGGACGAGUCUGUGUCUCGGUCGUACCUGUCGGAGCUGCAGGACAUCAACCUUCGCCUAAAUGAAACCGAGCGCAGACUGAUGAGGGGAAUUGAACCUCUGCCCUCUAGCCGGCUGUCAGGAAACAUUUCUGACAAGAUCAUUCAAAUUGCUGAACAGGAGAAGCUGCAGUCGGAGCUGGAUGUCCUGCGCUCUAGUUUGGGCGACUUAUCUCGUCGCUGCGUACAUUUUUUUGAGGAGAAGCCAACAUCCUCGAGUGUUCCUGUCCUCCGGUCUGAGCUCAACCAGGCUCUGGAGCGAACAGAUAAUCUUCACAACCUCUCAUCUGUCUACUUGGAAAAGCUAAAGACGGUAGAGGUCUUGCUCCGGAGCCUGGAUGAAGCAGAGAGCCAGGUGACGAAGUAUGAGAGCAGACUAAGUGAGGAAGACACCGUUCCAGCAGACACAGCUGCCAUUCAGAACCUCAAAGAUCAACUUCAGAGGUGGCAGGCUGAGGUUGCUGAUCAGGAGAGCAUCUUUCAGGCCCUGCAAGCACAAGUGGGUCAGGCCAAAGAGGCGGGAUCUAAGCUCAGCAACCUCCAUCCAGAUCGCAGCCCAGAGCUGGAGCGCUACCAGGAAAAAGCCAAUCAGAUGACAGACAGAUGGAGCAGCAUCAAGAGACAGAUUGAGACACGGCGGACUGAUCUGGACGCUCUGGGCUCGGAGCUGCAGCAGUACAGAGAUGGACACUCAGCUCUGAUCAAGUGGAUUGAAGAAACAACAGAAAGACAACAAAGAACCCAGCCUGGACAGACGGACAGCAAAGCACUGUCGGAACAGCUGGCCCAGCAGACGGCAUUAGUAGUUGAGAUUGAACAGAACCAGUCCAAACUAGACGAGUGCCAGACUCACUCCAAACAGUACUGCAGCUCAGUGAAGGAUUAUGAGCUCCAGCUGAUGACGUACAGAGCCUUUGUUGAGUCGACGCACAAGUCACCUGUCAAGAGGAGGAGGAUGCACUCUUCCUCUGAUGCCAUUACUCAGGAGUUUAUGGACUUACGCACACGCUACACAGCCUUGGUCACCUUAACCACCCAGCAUGUGAAGUACAUCAGUGAUGCUCUGCGAAGGCUGGAAGAAGAGGAGAAAGAGGUGGAGGAGGAGAAGCAAGCCAGGGUGGGCCAGGUUUCAGAUCUACUAGGUUGGGUGAAAGGCCUUUCUGGUCGGACUGGAGGUUCCAGUCCAGAGUCUUCGCUAGCUGCUCAACAGGCCAUCAGUGAACAGCUAACAGCCAAGAAGGAUCAGGUGGCUGAGGCCAUACGGAGCACACAGGCCUUCCUACGGUCCAAGCAGGCUGCCAAGUUAUCGCCAGAAGAGCGCGCUCAGGUGGAGGCUCAGCUGGCUGAGCUGACCAACACCUACGACCAGCUUCUGGAGAGCUCCACCCAGCAGCUGCAGCAGCUGGAGCAACAGCUGGCCAAAGAGGAGGAGCGAAAGGCUCAAGUUGCCAUUGCUGGAGUGAUCGACCUGGGAACAGUGGAAACGUACUCGGUGUUUCAAGCUGCCCGACGUGGUCUUAUUGACCAGGACACCUGCCAUAUUCUGUUGGAGACCCAACUUAUUACUGGUGGACUAAUUCAGCCUGACUCUGCUGUCAGUCUAUCACUGGACCAAGCUCUAUCUGAAGGCCUCAUUGACAACUACACAAGAGAGUCUCUGUCCAAGUUUAAGAGUGCCUUAGAUUUAGUAGACAACACUUUCAAGUCUUUAGAUCGCCAACAGGAUAAUAUUAUUCCUGUAGCUGCAGCAGUGGAAUCUGGUUUAAUCAGAGAAGAAGUGGGACUUUGUAUUCUGGAACAUCAGAUUAACAGUGGGGGCUUAAAAACAUUGUCUGGAGACUUUUUAAGUUUGGAACAAGCAGAGGAAAUGAGAUUUCUGUCCCCUGAGACGUUAUUAAAGCUGCACUUAAGGCUUCAGUGCAAAGAGCUGAUUGAUCCAAACACAGCAGAAACAGUAAAUCUGCAUGAGCUUCAGCUGCGCUGUAUUCUUGAUAAAGAGUCAGGACUCCUCCUCCUCCCUGUUAAACAGCAGCCCGGAGGAACCGUUUGUCUGCGCUCUGGAAGAAAAGUUGGCAUCUUCCGUGCAAUCCAGGAAGGACUGAUUGACCGGAAAGUGACGGUAUCGCUUCUUGAAGCUCAACUUUUUGCUGGUGGCAUUGUUGAUCCGCGUUCUGGCCACCGGCUGACUAUUGAAGAGGCUGUUCGCCGCGGGCUGAUGGACCAAGAAUUGGCUUGUGCAAUGUUAUCACGGCAGCUGCAAAAUGGAGGAAUUCUGGAUCCUUUGAGUGGAGAACGUCUGAAUUUAGAGGAAAGUAUCCAAAGGAACCUUCUCUCCUCUCAGCUGGCUUUGCUGGUUCUUGAAUCUCUACAGAAUUUUAUGGGACUCCUCUGGCCUGAAUCUGGGGAACUUUUGCCUGUUGCUGAUGCUCUUCAACAAGGAGUAAUCUCAGGAGAUUUAGCUAGAAAAGCCCUUAGAAGGAGACAUUGUAUUGGUGCUCUGUACAAACCUGAAACCCUUAAGACCAUACCCCUCAACCAAGCAACUGAGGAGGCCCUUGAGCCAAGUGUGGUCAGUUGCCUUGCAGAGACCUACAUACCGGACUCCCUUUGCAACCUGAACCAAUCAGGUACCCCAUAUCUGAACCGCUUGAGCUGGGAUUCAGCCACAUCCCCACCACCACCUCCCACGGACUUUGUACAGGAUACUACACCAACAAAUGCUCUGAAUUCUAAAGAACAAGCCGAGAAUAAGCUGUUGCUUCACCUCAUGACUCACAGCUAUGUCGAUGCUCAUUCUGGAAAACGGUUGGUGCUGCUUGACCCUGAACUGGUGAUGAUGGUCAAAGCUACACAGGUGAUGUCUGGAAAAUUAGUUCCAGAAAUAACUGAAGACACAAGUUUAUCAGAGUCGAUGGAUGUCAAGAAAAUGGAAGUAGAGCAAAGUGUCAUCACUCCAGGUGAAGAGUUUGAUUUUGAAGAGGCACAAAACAAAAUCCCAUUGUCUGAAACUGUGGCCAGCGAUAUGAGCUAUACAAACAAAGACACAUUUAGUGGCAGUGCUAAACCUAAUGAUCUAAAAGAAGAGUUGUACUAUACGGGAAAUGUAUUACCUUCAGAGAUGGAAACAUGUUUUUCAGAAUCAAAAGAAAGUCUCUGUCAUGACACCAGUAGCACAAUCACACUCAAAUCACAGGAAAAUGGUGAAAGUAAAGAGGAAAAAGAGAGAGUUACAUUAGACAUAGCACAGUCUAAAGAUCACAAAGAUAAACAACAAGGCCAAGGUAAAAUAGAUAAAAUCCAAGAAGAUUUGCAUGUGACAGAAAAUGAGCCCAAGCAUUUUGACCCUCAGGUUGAUAUCCUAAAAUUAGGGCUCAAAGAGGAAGAUGUUGAGCUGCAGAGGUUGGUUUUAGAGUUCAAACAUGGAGGUCUGAAGACCGAAGAAGGUGAAAAGCUGCUCCCAGAUGAGGCUGUGGCUCAGGGGAUCCUUCCUGACCAUACAGCUGUUAAAUUAAUGGCUGAGGCAGGUUUGUUUGGAGGAUUCCUAGAUGCUAGUAGGGCUGAACCACUUAAUGUGGACGAAGUUGUACAGGAAGGUUUGAUAGAUGAAGAUCUAAUGUGGAGAGUCUUGAAGUCUGAUAAAACCCUGGCAGGUGUCGUAGAUGUAGAAAAAAGGCAGAUAUGUGGGGUGAAGGACGCAGCUGAGGCUGGGUUGAUUGACUCCAGCACAGCUGCUCGUCUUUUAGAAGCACAGGUAGCAUCUGGAGGGAUUGUGGACCUCCGCAGGGAGAAGAAAGUCUCUGUUACUCUUGCGGCGAGCCUUGGACUAAUUGAUGAAGAGCAAAGAGAAGAACUAGUGGCACUGGAAAAGGCAUGCAAAGGAAAAGACACAGACUGUGCAACUACCCUUAAGAAAGCCAGUUUACAGCUCCAAAUGGGGGGUGUUGUGGACCCUGAGUCUAAGAACUCAGUGUAUUUGGAGCAAGCAAUUCAGAAAGGGCUUAUUACAACACAGGAUGCGUAUCAGGUGUUGGCACAACAGGUUGCUGAAGGUGGGAUAAUACACCAUGCUUCAGGAAUGAGGCUUUCAGUCUCUGAUGCUGUAGAUAGAGGACUAGUGGAUCGAUCUAUUGCAUCUGGGCUUGAAGAACUGGAGUGGGUUUACCAAGGAAAGGUCAGUCCUUCAACUAACCCUAAAGCCAUUGUUUUCCUGGCAUCAUCUGGUGCCAUUUUAGACCCUAACACUGGUUCUAAGCUGACCCUUUCAGAUGCUGUUUCUAAGGGUCUUCUAGAUGAAAACACAGCUAAUGAAGUCAUGGCUUCCCCAGCAGUUACACAGGGAGUCAUUGACCCUCAUACUGCACGUGUUGUACCAUACUCAGAACUUGUAAACCAGGGUAAAGUUGAUAUUAAAACAGGACAACGCUUCCUGGAGGUAAAACCUUUCAGUGGCAUUCAAAGGGAACAAUCUGAGGACCGGUUGACUCUUCUUGAGGCUGUUGCGUUAAAGCAAGUUGAUCCAGUUCCAGCACUGAGGCUUCUCCAGAGUCAAGCAGACACUGGUGGUAUCAUCGAUAUUAACACUGAAGAAAGGCUCACACUGCCUGAAGCCUUUAAGAGAGGUUUAGCUACAGAAGACAUGGUCGAGGAAAUUGCCACCAACCAGAUUUUAAGGGGAGGCUUAGUCAAUCCCAUUACAGGACAGAGGGUGUCAAGUCUGAAUGAUGCCAUUGAAUUAGGACUGAUAUCCAAUGAUAUGGCCUCAGAUAUUCAGGAAAAAGAACAGGAACAGUCUUCAGAACAGAGCUUUACACCUGUUUCAUCAAAUCAAUCAGAUGCUAAAAGUCCAGCAAAUAUUAACACCGAAGUGUCCACAAGUUCUUCUGAUUCAGACACAAAAUCACAACUUGAAACAUCGGCUUUGUUGGUUUGUGAUGUCACUUCAGAAGAAGCAGAAGCGUCAGAGUCUUCAGAACAAAAGUCUUUAAUUGUGUCAGAUCAAUCGAUGGACACGUUGUCCGAGUAUUUAACUGAGCAAGCAACACAAGAAGCCACAAAGGAUGCAUCACCUCAUGAAGAUGUCAAUGAGAGGGAAAAUGUUCUCCUAGAUGAGCUUGAUGGAAAUCUUCAAUCACAUGAAGCUGAAGCUCCAGUUCAACAAAGAGAAGGAACUUUCAAAGAUUCUGUUGAAGAGAUUUCUGUUGAAGAACAGAUAGACCUGACAGAAGGUACUGAUAUCAAGCCAAUAAAAGAAGAAGACAGGGAGCACAUGGCCAGUGCUUUGAGCACAGUCAUCGUCCAUCCUCUAUCUGGAAAAGAAGAGGAGAUACUGACUGUGAGGGCUCAGGUGGAGGAUGAUCAAGAGAGUAAAGAAAGUGAUGUCCUAGCACAUGCAGGUGAACUGGAGAAUGGAAAGAAUCAGUUAGCAGCUCAGAAAGAUGAAAUAAAGGAGGAUGUCAAUGAUUUAGAGAAGCCUUUAAAAAUCAAGGAAUUGCAAGUCAAAAGCAGUGAUUUAGAACAGUCUGACCAACUUUUAACCUCCACAAUUCAAGAGUCAGAAAACAAAAGCAAGAAGAAGAAAAAGAGCAAAAAGAAAGCUAGGGUCAAAGAGACAGAAACUGAAACAGAACAAGUUCAAGCAGAGGUUGAUGAGUCAUCUGGGGCUGUUGUUUCUACAGAAGUUAAGCUAACAUCACAAAGCUAUGACAAACCAGAGACCAAUGAUUUGGCUGCUUUUACCAGACCUUUGGUUAAAGAAGGUGUUGAAAAGAUUGAGAAAUCUGAAACUGGAGAUGACUUAAUGAAACGGGGACCAGAGGAGGUUUCUGCAAGUUCAAGACUCCUAAAACCAAAUACUGAACAAGAGAAAGAUGCAACAAACACAAUGUUGGCAAAACAUGCAGGGGAAAGUGAUGAUGAAGUGUUUGGGAAAGAAAGAGAGAAGAUGGGCGAUGGAAAGACUGAGGUCUGUCAACAACCAGAGUGUUUGCAAGAGGAAAAUGAAAGUAUGGAGAGAGAAUCGACUCAGAAAUUUACUCUACCUGAGGAGGAGAAAGCUGCUUUGAUUCUGAAAGCCAAAGAGAGUAUUCUUAAGAAAGUGUUUGAAAAAGGAGUGAGUGAGAAGCAGGCUGCUGUAAAACUGGAGGCGCUGCGCAAGGAAAUAGGGAAGAAGGAUGGUCAAGGCGUCAAUGUAAGUGAUGUAAAAAGACAUAGUCUGAAAGGUAGCAAGGAGGAGCGAACUGAUAAAUCACCAAAUGACGAUGAAGAACAGAAAAUAUUCAAGGAGGAGCACAUUGUGCAAGAAAAGGCUACAGAAGAUGAGCCUGAUCUGCAAACUGUUGAAAGCAAAGUGUCCAAGACUUCUUCAGAUGAGAGUGAUAAAGGCAAAAGUUCUGUAAAGAUAGACACCCAGAAAGAUGCUCAACCAAGUAAAAAGCAAAAGAAGAGCAAAAAGGCCAAGAUUGUCAGAGUGACAGACAAAGCUGAGCCUGAGAGAAACGAGAUAACCACCAAUGCAAGAGUGGACUCUGAAGUAACACCAACAAAAGCUAAAACUAAGCCAAAUGUGGCAAAAACAACACUGGACAGUUCAGAUUUGACUAAACAAGGGAUAAAAAUCAGUGUUGCUCAUGGCAUUCAGCCUACAGAUCAAUCAAUGAAAAAGAGCCACAAGGACGAUUCUGAGAAAGUUAUGUCUCCUCAGCAAAGUCCAUCAUUACAAGCUGCAGUGAAGAAUAACAUUUCAGAUACCAGAGGGUCUUUUGACUCUUCUGCUGAUGUUUCUCACAAAACGAACAUGGCUGCAGAUCAGCCUGUGACUCCCAGUCUACCACAAGACAAGUCAGCAGGGAGAAGUAAAAAGAAGAGAAGGCACCAAGCACCCGAAGCCCCACCUCCUCGUGUUACAGAAUUUGUACAAGACCAACAUCUCAAAGUCGACUCUCUCGAAAAGUCACCUUUGAUCUCAGAAGAGGUGUCUAGCGGGUCUGAAUCCGCCAGAGUGACAGAGUCUGAAACAACCUCAGAGAGCCGAGGUGACGUAAAGGCGGAUGUUGAGGAGAGUCAAGGAACUGGGUCAGACAAAGAUGAGGCAACAUCGCUGGCUCGCAAGUCAUCAUUAAUGCGUCAGGACUGUUUAGAGCAGGACCAGCAUAUUGUGGCUCUACUCUCCAUGGUUCGACAUAUCGAGGUCCGGCUGAAGCAGCAGCAGCAGCAGUCUGUUGGCCGGAGCCUCUUGGCGUUGGAUGACAUCAUUCACCAUGUUCAGACUCUGGACUUGGAACUGCAUGACUUGGAACCUGAGAUCCACAAAGCGGUUCAGGCUGCUGAGCAGCUUCUGAAGCCCCAAUCUAAAGACGUCCCUCCACAGCUGCUAUUGGCUCUGGAUAAAGAUAGGCGGAGCUUAACUCGAGGAUACGAAGCUGCUGUCACUCUUUCUCAGGACAUUUUACAAACUCUACAAAAACACAGAGACUCAUAUAAGGACUCUGUGGCAGCUGAGCAGAAGUCUCUGGGAGAACGGGUGGAUGGGCUGCUGUCUUGCCUGACAGAGAUGGAGACCCAGAUGGAUGGAGGAAUGGCAAGAAUGGAAGAAAUUAGGAAAAAUGAGGAGCUGACACAGCAACUAAAGAUCUGCAAGGAGCUGCAGUCCUCCCUGGCGGCUCGCUCCGGUGAGGUCAGCACAGUAGUCUUUGACAUCCAGGCCUUCAUUUCGGAGCGGGCGCAGGACCUGGCUCCGGAGCAGAGCAGGCAGCUCUUGGGGCAGCUUCAGCAGCUGCAGACGGCCUUCCACAGGGCAUCAGGUCAAGCUCAGGCCUGGGCCGGCGCCCUGUCUGCCCAAAGCGAGAGGGAGGAGAAGUGGCAGAAAGAAAGGGCAAAAGAGGAGGAGAUGGACAGAGAAAAGAGGAGCGCUGAGGAAAGAGAGGUGGUCCAACAGCAGAAAGCUGAGUGUUCUCAGAAACUAGAAGGCCUCAACACGUGGUUGGGCGGAGCUGCUGCUUUGCUGGCCAGUCAGAUCGGAGGAGGAGAAUCGGGCGACGUGAACGCCCUACAGGAAAAACAAAAACGAUUGAAGGAAGUACAGAAGGAUCUACAGGCUAAAGGCGAAGCUCUCGCUGACGCCAUCCGGUCAGCGGAGGAGUUUCUGGCAGAGCGAGGAGAAAGUCUGAGCCCUGAGGAGAAAGAGAACCUGCAGAAGAAGCUAGCAAUUCUUAAGGAGCAGUACAGCGCCCUGACAAAUUCCACUGAUGCCUCUGUGUCAGAGCUGAACACUGCCAUCACAACAGCUGUGCAGCAGAACACACAGAGGGCAAAGGCAGUGGAAGAUCUACAGGAGACCCAAAGCCAGAUAGACUCUCUCCUGUCCUCCCUAAAGCAACCAAACAAUGAAGGCUCAACUGGAACGUUUCAGGAUUCUACUGAUUCUUUGGACUCACAGCCAGAGGGCGCUGUCAUGUCACACACAGAAAGACUGCAGGCUGAACUUCAGCAGCUGCAGGCUCAGCAGGCCCAGCUGCUGCAGAUAACCCAGUCAGCCCGCUCCCUCCUGGAACAGCCCGACUCGGCGGUCCCGGCUGAAGAGAAACAGCGACUCCGUGCUGCUCUGGACCAGCUGCAGGCGCAGCAUCAGGAGCGGCUGCAGAGCUGCCAGGAUCGGUUGAGGAAGUCUGAGGCCUUGCAGGAUGAGCUGAGUAAAUUCCUCUUGGAACAUGGAAGCCUGGGCUCCUGGCUGGAACAAAAUGAGCAGGAGUUGCGUUCCUUGGGGGAGGGAGAAACUGAUGCACAAGGACUGAAAGACAGACUGGAGGAGCACAGAAAGCUUGCUGAGGAUGUGAUUUGCCACAAAGCAGACCUGCGCUUCGUCUCCAUCUCUGGUCAAAAAGUUCUGAGCUCCGUUCAAGGAGCCCUGGAGCAGCUAGGUGGUUCUGAUCCAGCCCUGCACAGCACCAAACAGCUGGUCACCAACAAGCUGCAGGACGCCAACCACAGAUACACAACCCUACAUACCAAGUCCACAGAGUUGGGCAGCCGUCUGUCUGGCCUCCUGGAGAGGUACCAGCAGUACCAGGAUGAGGUUGUCUCCUUGCACUCAUGGCUCAGCACUCAAGAACAAAACCAAAGCAUAACCAAAUCCAGUGGAGACACAGAUCCACAGAACUUACAGAACACCUUGCGGCAAGUCCAGCUGCUUCAGGAUGAACUGGCAGAGCGCUCGGUACAGCUGGAGAAGGUGAAGAGAGCUGGAAGAGAUCUGGUCAGCACAGACGAAUCCCCCUCUCUGAAAGCUGUAGACAUCCUCUGCACAGCAGACGGCUUAGAGAAGAGGUUCGGCAGCCUCUCUGCGUCGGUGUCAGAGCGGGCCGAACAGCUGCAGACCGCUGUAGCACAGUCUGUCAGUGUUCAGGAGGGUCUUAAGGGCCUGCUGGGCUGGCUGGACAAACUGGUUUUGAAUCCUGGCCCAGUUGAGCCCACCGCACAGGCUGUACAAGACGCUUUGACUCAGAACCAGAAACUUCGGCAGGAGCUGCUGUCCAGGCAGGGCAGCGUGGAAGCAACUCGAGACUCCAUUUCCAGCCUCCUGAAGAGCUCUGACCCCUCCACAGCGUCAGGCCUCCAGGUCAGCCUCCAUGACCUCAGCCAGCGUUACACCGCAGCACAGGCCAGCCAAUCCGAGCGGGAAGCUGAGCUCAAAGCGCUGCUGCCCAGACUGGAGAGCUACGAGCGUCUGGAGGCCGACCUGCAAGCCUUCAUGCAAAGCCGACUGAAGACUCUGACUCCUGUGGGGCUGCCAGACCGCAGCGUGGACGACUACAGGCAGACCAUUGAGGAGGUCAAAUCCGAGUUGGAGCAGGAGGCGAGCCAGCUGAAAUCCUUCUGCAGCCUCGGCACAGAGAUCAGCCAAUCCAAAGCACUCACCAAUACUCAGAACUUAUUGGACAAUGUGAACGAAGUAUCUGAUGAGUUCGGCAAACUGGAAGAAAACGUCAAUAAAAGGUUUGCUGCCAUCCAGACCUGCGAGCAGCAGCUCGUGCAGUUCAGAGGCCUUUCAGACUCUCUCCUCCGCUGGCUUCAGACCACACAAGACCAGCUGCCUUCCAAAGAAAUCACCCUCAACACUGAAGGCCUGCAGAGAAGAGUCCAGCAGCUCAAGGACUUACUGAAUAACUGGGAGUCUCAGGGAUCCAGAGUUCAGGAGCUGAAUAAGACGGGCUCUGAGCUGGAGGCCCUCAUCAUUGAGGUGACUGCUCCUCAGACCAAAACAGGUGCACCUCAGAUCAACGGCUCGGCAGGCCCAAGCAGUUUGAAUGGCAUUCACACAUGUAAAGAUCUGACGGAGCUCCAGGUCGCCGUGUCAGAUGUAAAAGCUCAGUACGACACGCUGGGCGAGGAGCUAAAGCAGCGCCUGAGCCUGCAGCAAGCCUCUCUGGAGCUUCGGGAGAAGGCCAUGCGGGGCACAGAGGAUCUUAAGAGCUGGCUGAGUGACAGAGAGAGCACGCUGAAGCAGGGACAGACCGCCUCCCCCUCCAGACCCGAGCUGGUCCGCGCCCAGGCUCAGCAGAACAAGGCUCUGCUCUCAGAGCUGGCUGAGCACUCGGAGAAGGUGGAUGAGCUGAAGGCCACGCUGAGGAAGCUGAUUGCUGACAACCCCGACUCUCCUGAGGCGGAGAGCUGGAGGCAGCAGCUGCAGGAGAUCGAGUCUCGCUGGCAAGCAGCCAAUCAGACGGCGGCUCAGAGACAGACCGAGCUUGAGACGUGUGCUGAUAGGCUGGGCAGCUUUGCGUCAGCAGCCAAUCAACUUGGUCCGUGGCUUAGGGAGAAGGAGCUGAUGAUGAGCGUGCUGGGACCGCUGAGCAUCGAUCCCAACAUGCUCAACACGCAGAAACAGCAGGUCCAGUUUAUGCUGCGUGAGUUCGAGACGCGGCGGCCACAAUUUGAUCAGCUGACACAGUCUGCAGAGGGCAUCCUCUCCCAGACUGACCCUGCUCAGGACCCGAAAGACCUAGAGGAGGUCCACACAGAGCUGAACGUCAUUUCACAACAAUGGGAAGACCUCACGAACAGGCUGACUCAAAGAUCUAACCACAUCGAUCAGGCUCAAGGAACGAGCGAGCGAUACCAGACUCUGCUCAGAGAACUCUCAUCCAGCAUUUCCAUCCUUGGUGAGAGGCUGGACUCUCAGGCCUCACUAAGUGCACAACCGGAGGCACUAAGACAGCGACUGCAAGAAACCGGAGAGAUCCGCUCAGAGCUGGAACGAAGGCGAACCGAGCUCGUUGAGGCCGAGGAGCUCUGCCAGGAGCUGAGUGCCAUCGUAGCUGAACCCUACCUGAAGGAGGAGCUGAGUAAACGGCUGGAGAGUGUCAGCGGGCCACUGAGGAGUUUGGAGGAGAGAGCAGCUGAUGGGUUGUCACAGCUACAGGCGGCUCUGUCGUCUACGCAGCAGUUCCAGCAGAUGUUUGAGGACCUCUGCUCCUGGCUCAACAAGCAGACAGAUCCCAGGGAAUCCUCCUCCGAGUCUCUACCCUGUCAGCCUGAAGCCAUUCACUCCCUGCUCACCCAAACAGAGGCGCUCCAGCGCGAGAUCGCCAGCCAGCGGGGUUCCUACGAACUGAUUCAGGCUGAGGGCGUGUCCCUGCUCGCCACUCUGCCAGCUGAGGAACGAUCUGCUCUGCAGUCCCGUCUGGCCACCUUACGGCAAGACUGGGAGGGUUUGAACCUCAGAAUAGCAGACCGAGAGGCCAGGCUUAAGGGCACUCUGAGCAAAGCAAAAGCUUACCAGCAGCACAAAGCUGAGCUCAUACCGUGGCUUUCAGAGUGUGAGGAGAAGGAUGGAGAGAUCCUCCCAUCGCUGGAUUCAUCUACACUGGAUGAAGCCUUGCAGAAGGCCCGCAGCCUGUCCCUCGACCUGGAGAGGCGGCGACCCCUGCUCGAGGCUUUUAACACAGCAGCAGACCUGCUUCUGGAGCAGUGCUGCAUCGGGGAGGAAGAGGUGCGAGAUGAGAAGGCUCAGCUGAACCGGCAGGUGGAUGGACUGAACGAGAGGCUGCUUAACCACACCUUCCAGCUGGAGGAGCUGGCCAGCCGCCUGAAGGAGUUUGAGGAGGGACGGCAGGCUGUUGAGAGGAGGCUGGAAGCUGCCAGGCACCAGAUUGAAGUUCAGGAAGCUCUUGGACCUCAGGCUUGUAGUGCUAAAAGUUUGGAGAGGCUGAGAAGUCAACAGGAGAGUUUGAGGUCACUGCAGCCUCAGGUGGUCUACCUCAAAGACCUGGCACAGGGGUUGGUGCAGGACGCCCCCCAGACUCCAGGAGGCAGCACAGAGGGAGCGCAGAGGCUUCAGGAGCAGGCUAAAGACACAGAGAAAGAGUAUGAGGACGUCACUGACAAGAUUGAACAGUGCUGCGCCUCCCUGGAGUCUCGGCUGCAGGGCGUGGGCGAGGUCCAGACCCACGUUCGGGACAUCUUCUCUCGCCUGGCGGACCUGGACGAUGAACUGGAUUCCCUCAGCCCUGUUGGCCGUGAUCCCGACUCUCUGGCCUCUCAGGCUGACGCAGUGAAGGGCUUCCUCUCACGCCUGACUGACCUCAGAACCGAGCUGGAGGAACACUCUUCCGAGUGCACAACCAUGCUGCGACGAGAAGGUUCCUCACCGGACCUUCUGGCGCUCAGGAGGGAGACUGAGGCUUUGAGCCGCCAGGCCGGGAAGCUCGGUGAGCGUGGCCAGGGAAAGCUGGAUCAGAUCAAGGAUGCAGCAGACAGGGUGCAGGACUUCUACAAGCUGGUGGGAGAACUGCAAGGGCUGCUGGGAAGAGCUGAAGACGGGCUGAACAUGCAGGGCCUGGUGGGGACAGAGGUGGAGAUGAUCAAACAGCAACUGCAGGAGUUCAAGGCGGUGGAGCGAGAACAGGUGGACAGCAUUCAGCCCAAACUGCAGCACAUCAACGCAGUGGGACAGGGUCUGAUCCAGAGCGCAGCCAAGCACACCGACACGCAGGCGCUGGAGCACGACCUGGAGGCCACCAACCUGCGAUGGAACUCACUCAACAAGCGGGUGGCAGAGCGAAUUGCCCAGCUGCAGGAGGCACUGUUGCAUUGUGGGAAGUUCCAGGACGCUCUGGAGCCUCUGCUAAGCUGGCUGAGCGACACAGAAGAGCUGGUGGCCAAUCAGAAGCCUCCGUCUGCCGAGUACCGCGUGGUCAAGGCCCAGAUCCAAGAACAGAAGCUGCUUCAAAGGUUGCUGGACGACCGCCGACCAACGGUGGAGAUGAUCCGUGCUGAAGGAGAGAGGAUCGCAGCCACAGCAGACACUCAGGACCGGGAGAAGAUCCAGAGCCAGCUCCAGAGUCUGUCACAGAGAUGGUCUGAUCUGCUGGAUAAGGCCAGCAGCAGACAGAGGCAGCUGGAGGAGCUGCAGGUUUUAGCUCUUCAGUUCCACGAAGCCUUGGAGCCUCUUGGAGAAUGGCUGAGUGCCACAGAGAGACGCCUGAGCUCCGCCGAGCCCAUGGGAACCCAAACAGCCAAGAUCUCCCAGCAGAUCAUCAAACAUAAGGCGCUCCAAGAAGACGUUUCUUCACGGAAAGCUGAGGUUGAUCACCUCCAGUCCCUCAGCCAAUCACUGUGGCCGCUCAGCAGCGCGGCCGAUCAGGAUUGGCUGCGGGAGCGCGUGGGGGCGGUGAGGUCGGGUCACUCAGAUCUUACUGAUUGGUGCACGAGGCGGGCGGCCCUGCUGGAGCAGGCGCUUGCCAACGCCCAGCUGUUUGGGGAGGAGGAGGUGGAGGUGCUGAACUGGCUGGAGGAGGUGGCUCAGAGGCUGUCGCAGGUCUCCGUGCAGAGCUACCAGCCCCAGCAGCUGGCCGAGCAGCACAAACACAGCCUGUCUCUAAAUGAAGAAAUCUUGAGCAGGAAGAAAACUGUAGACCAGGCCAUCAAGAACGGACAAGCUUUACUCAAGCAGACCACAGGUGAGGAAGUUCUCCUGAUCCAGGAGAAGCUGGAUGGGAUCAAGUCUCGCUAUGCUGAGAUGACAGCCAGUAGCAGCAAAGCGCUGCGCACCCUUGAGCAGGCGCUGCAGCUGUCCACGCGUUUCGCCAGCGCCCAUGAAGACGUCAAUCAGUGGCUGGAUGCAGUGGAGGCAGAACUUAACAACGGAGAGUCUGAUGCCACGCCCACCUACCAGGAGAGGCAGAAGGAGCUGAAGAAAGUGUCUGCUGAGAAGCGUCUGGUUCUGGACACAGUUAACGAGGUGGGAAACGCCCUCCUGGACCUGGUGCCGUGGCGAGCUCGCGAAGGCCUGGACCGCCUUGUGGCUGAUGCCAAUCAGAGAUACCGGCAUGCGGACGAAACCAUCACUCAGCGGGUGCAGCUGGUGCAGGCUGCCAUCCAGAGGUCACAGCAGUACGAGGAGGCAGUGGAUGCAGAGUUGGCCUGGGUUGCAGAGACGGAGCGUAAGCUGGCGUCUCUGGGGCCUCUCAGUCUGGAGCCUGACGUGACCGUGGCUCAGCUGCAAGUGCAGAGGGCCUUCAACAUUGACAUAAUCCGACACAAAGACACUGUCGAUCAGCUCCUGAGCACCAGAGAGGACAUCAUGGAGGCCUGCAGCUACGCUCAGAAAGAUGCUCUGAUGGUUAAGACCAACUCUCUGAGUGCUCGUUAUGACGCAGUAAGUCAGAAUCACAGCGAGCGGUUCUCUGCGCUGGAGCAGGCCCAGGUUCUAGUGGCGCGGUUCUGGGAGACUCACGAAGAGCUGGAGCCGUGGCUGUGUGAAACAGAAACCCUCAUUACUCAGCUUCCACCUCCAGCCAUCGACACAGACGCUCUCCGUCUGCAGCAAGACCAGAUGAGGCUGCUCAGGGAGUCCAUCGCCGAGCACAAGCCUCACAUCGACAAGCUGCUGAAGAUCGGGCCCCAGCUGGCAGAACUCAGUCUCCAGGAGGGGGCGACGGUGAGGCAGCGCUACAUGGACGCCGAGAGGCGCUACCUGGCCAUCAAGGAGGAGGUGAAAGGUCGUGCCACAGUGCUGGAUGAGGCAGUGUCCCAGUCUGCACAGCUGCUAGAGUUUCAUGAUAAGAUGGACCCGCUCCUGGAGACUCUGGAGGGGGCGGUGCAGCGGCUGCGGCUGCCCCCUCCAGUGGCUGCAGAGGUGGAGAAGAUCCGGGAGCAGCUGGCAGAGCAUCGUGCUCAGGGGCUGGAGCUGGAUAAACUUCUGCCGAGCUUCUCGGCCCUGUGCGCCCGCGGAGAGGAGCUCAUCAGCAGAGCGGCUCACGACGACCCCGCUGCUCAGGCUGUUCGCUCCCGCCUCCUGCGCCUUCGCUCUCUGUGGGAUGAGAUCCGGCAGCGUGCCGAGGAGAGAGAGGGAAAACUGAACGACGUCCUGGACUUGUCCGGAAAGUUCUGGGCUGACGUGGUGGCCCUGCUGACCACGCUCCGAGACACCCAGGACAUCGUGAAGGACCUGGAGGACCCGGGCGUGGACCCGUCACUCAUCAAACAGCAGAUUGAGGCAGCUGAGGCAAUCAAGGCGGAGACAGACGGCCUGAGGGAGGAGCUAGAGUUUGUCAGGACGCUUGGAGCUGACCUCAUCUUUGCCUGUGGAGAGACAGAAAAACCUGAAGUCAAGAAAACCAUAGAUGAAAUGAACGCUGCCUGGGAGGGUCUGAACCGGACGUGGAGGGAGAGGAUGGAGAGGCUGGAUGACGCGAUGACGGCCUCGGUUCAAUAUCAGGAUGCCCUGCAGGCUAUGUUUGACUACCUGGACAACGCUGUGAUCAAACUGUGUGACAUGUCGACAGUGGGAACUGAUCUGGGAACCGUCAAACAGCAGAUUGAAGAACUCAAGCAGUACAAGGUGGAGGUGUACCAGCAGCAGAUUGACAUGGAGAAGCUCUGCCACCAGGGGGAGCUGCUACUGAAAAAAGUGUCAGACCAAACAGAUCGGGACAUGAUCCAAGAGCCACUGACUGAACUCCGGCACCUCUGGGAGAACCUGGGAGAUAAAAUCACCCAGAGACAGCAUAAGCUGGAGGGAGCCCUACUGGCUCUGGGUCAGUUCCAGCACGCCCUCUCUGAACUGCAGGCGUGGCUGAACCACACACACACCACUCUGGACACCCAGCGACCAGUCAGCUCCGACCCCAAGGCCAUCGAAAUCGAGCUGGCCAAACACAGCGUUUUGCGUAAUGAUGUGCUGUCCCACCACGCCACAGUAGAGACUGUGAACAGUGCUGCUGCCGAGCUGCUGGAGUCCUCUCCAGGCGACGAGGCCAGCCACCUGAGGGCGCAGCUGGAUCAGCUGAACCAGAGCUGGGAGAGUCUGCUGCUGAAGACGCAGGAGCGACAGAAGCUUCUGGAAGCUGCUCUGCAGCAGGCUGAAGGUUUCCAUGGAGAGUUGGAGGAGUUCCUCCAGUGGCUGAGGAGAACGGAGAGCCACCUGUCUGCUGCCAAACCAACCGGGGGUCUCCCCGAAACAGCCAGAGAGCAGCUGCAGCAGCACGAGGAGCUCCAGGCUCAGCUGGCUCAGCGAUCAGAACAGUACCACCGUCUGCUGGAUCAGGGAGAGUCUAUGCUGAUGGCCCGUGGAGGAGAGGAGGCCGGACCGGGCACCACGCAGACCCAGCAGAACCUGGCCAUGCUGCAAAACAAGUGGGCCAGCCUUAACGCCAAGAUGGACGACCGCAGGGCUAAGCUGGAAGAGGCCGUUUCCCUGGCAACAGGAUUCCAGACCUCACUGCAGGACACCAUCAACUGGCUGACUCAGGCCGAGCAAACUCUGAACAUGGCCCAGCCCCCCAGCCUCAUCCUGGACACGGUCCUCUUCCAAAUCGACGAGCACAAGGUGUUUGUGAAUGAAGUGAACACGCAUCGGGAGCAGGUCCUGGCUCUGGAGAAGGCUGGCUCUCAGCUCCGCUUUGCCAGCUUGAAGCAGGAUGUGGUUCUCAUCAAGAACCUGCUGCUCAGCGUCCAGGCUCGCUGGGACAAGCUGGUGCAGAGGUCUCUGGACCGCGGGCGACACCUCGACGAGGCUCGCAAACGUGCUAAGCAGUUCCAUGAAGCCUGGAGGAAGCUGACUGACUGGCUGGAAGAAGCUGAGAAAAAGCUGGACUCAGAAGUGGAAAUCUCCAACGAACCAGACAAGAUCAAAGUGCAGCUCACUAAACACAAGGAGUUUCAAAAAGCUCUGGGAUCCAAGCAGCCCGUUUACGACACCACGGUGAGGUCCGGGAAGGCCAUGAGGGACAAAGCUCAGCUGCCCGCCGACCAGCAGAAACUGGAUCACCUGGUCGGGGAGGUUCGGGAUAAGUGGGACACGGUUUGUGGAAAGAGUGUAGAAAGGCAGCACAAGCUGGAGGAGGCUCUGCUCUUCUCAGGUCAGUUUGCAGAAGCUCUUCAGGCAUUGGUGGACUGGCUCUACCGAGUGGAGCCUCAGCUAGCCGAAGACCAGCCUGUCCACGGAGACCUGGAUUUGGUGUCCAACCUCAUGGACACGCAUAAGGCUUUUCAAAAAGAACUGGGAAAGAGAACCAGCAGCGUUCAGGCUCUGAAGCGUUCGGCCCGGGAUCUGAUGGAGACGGGCCGUGACGACACAGCCUGGGUCAAGGUUCAGCUGCAGGAGCUCAGCAACCGCUGGGACACGGUGUGCGCCCUGUCGGUGACCAAACAGACCCGCCUCCAGCAGGCGCUCAAGCAGGCCGAGGAGUUCCGCACCGCUGUGCAGCUGCUGCUGGAGUGGCUCUCGGAAGCAGAGCAGUCGCUCCGUUUCCGUGGCGUCCUCCCUGAGGAGGCGGAGACUCUGCAGGCGCUGCUGCGGACGCAUCGAGACUUCAUGGGAACCGUGGAGGAGAAGAGGACGGACGUGAACAAGGCCGCUGGCAUGGGAGAGGGCAUCCUUACAGUGUGCCACCCGGACUCCAUCACCACCAUCAAACACUGGAUCACCAUCAUCAGGGCGCGCUUUGAGGAGGUGUUGACCUGGGCCAAACAGCACGAACAGCGACUGGAGACGGCUCUUACCGAAGUGCUCAACAACGCCAACCUGCUGGAGGAGCUGCUGUCGUGGCUCCAGUGGGCCGAGACCACUCUGAUUCAGAGAGACACGGAGCCGCUUCCUCAGGACAUCCCACAACUCAAAACGCUCAUCUCCGAGCACCAGACAUUCAUAGAGGAGAUGACGCGGAAGCAGCCGGAUUUUGACAAAGUGACAAAGACUUACAAAAGGAAACCAGCGGAGCCCCCCAGCAGCCUGGCUGAGAGGAGAGGAGCUCGCAAACACCAGCAACAGCAGCAGCAGCAGCAGCAGGCUCCCAUGCAGCUCUCCGGAGGGAACCCUCGCCUCAACCAGCUCUGCGCCAGGUGGCAGCAGGUGUGGCUGCUGACGCUGGACCGCCAGCGGAAACUCAACGACGCUCUGGACAGACUGGAAGAGCUCAAGGAGUUUGCCAACUUUGAUUUUGACGUGUGGAGGAAGAAGUACAUGCGCUGGAUGAACCACAAGAAGUCUCGCGUCAUGGAUUUCUUCCGCCGCAUCGAUAAGGACCAGGACGGAAAGAUCACACGGCAGGAGUUCAUCGACGGCAUCUUAGCCUCAAAAUUUCCAACAAGCAAGCUGGAGAUGACGGCCGUGGCGGACAUAUUUGACAGAGACGGCGACGGUUACAUCGACUACUACGAGUUUGUGGCUGCUCUGCACCCCAACAAGGACGCCUACAGGCCCACCACUGAUGCUGAUAAGAUAGAGGACGAGGUGACCCGGCAGGUGGCUCAGUGCAAGUGUGCCAAGAGGUUCCAGGUGGAGCAGAUAGGAGAGAAUAAAUACCGGUUCUUCCUCGGAAACCAGUUCGGAGACUCUCAGCAGCUGCGUUUGGUGAGGAUUUUGCGCAGCACGGUGAUGGUGAGAGUCGGAGGGGGCUGGAUGGCUCUCGAUGAGUUUCUGGUCAAGAAUGAUCCCUGCAGAGUGCAUCAUCCAGGACUUAAGAUUCUCCGCUCCGAUUCCAGUAGCUCCAUCUCAUCUCGUAUAGUGACGGUCACUCCUGGCUAUUUCUGCUGCCGAGCUCGGGGUCGCACCAACCUGGAGCUGAGGGAGAAGUUCAUCCUUCCUGAAGGAGCGUCUCAGGGCCUGGCCGCCUUCCGCUCACGGGGUCGACGCUCCAAACCAGGGUCCCGCAACGCCUCGCCCACCCGCUCGUCUUCCUCUGCCUCCCACAGCGGGGCCUCUCUACCUUCAGCUCCAUCUACACCUGCCACCCCGACGGCCUCCACCUCCUCCAGGUCCUCCCUCUCUCAUUCGCGUGACUAUGCCAAGCCGUGGCUAGCAAACAGUAAAAGCCCGACGCCGGCCAAGUGCCACUGCUGCCCAGAUCUCGGUCGCAGCUCCAGCGCUCUUGGGCACGAGGGGGCAGCAUCUGGGUCCAAAAUAAGGAGGACGACCUUUCAUUCGAGCAGAGGCUCGCUGACGGGAGAGAAUGGAGGCACGUCACACACCAGCAAGCGUACUGAUCCUAAACGAGGAGCGUCCACGGCCAGCGGCCCGACCAGCAGAGCGGGCAGCCGGGCGGGCAGCAGGGCCAGCAGCCGACGCGGCAGCGAUGCCUCAGAUGCUUCGGAGCUUCAGGACGCUCGCUCCGUCUGCUCCGACACCUCAGACACACCGAGGCGGCCUGGGGGCGGAGCUAAACCCUCCAAGAUCCCCACCAUUUCCAAGAAGACCGCCAGUCCAAAGACCACUGGGUCUGCAAAGAAGUGAAUCAGACGAUGAAACAAACUUCUUGGAUGUACCAGCAGGAAUCUGGACCUCCAUCCAGAGAACCGAUGCACUACGACUGAUCAUUUCCAGGGAAAGGAGGAGAUGGAGAACUUCCACCUCACUCUUCCCCACGCCUGAGACCGACUGAACAUGCACAAGAAGAGAGUUCUGGUCCAGUUGUUUCUGACCCAGUCUGCGGGGGUCGACACACUUCUCCCCUUUAAGACUUCUGCUUUGCCUUUGCCCCCACCCCGACAUGGAACCAAACACCAACCACAAGAUGCUGCCUUAUUUUACAGACGCUCUCUGUCCUGAUCAGGCAGAGAGUUGAGACUUUACCAGACGCCCUCCGCCGCUCCACACAGCGGAGAGGCUCUCGUGACAUUCAGCAAAAACCCAGAACGGACUGCGGGUGGAGUAUUUUUGCCUGUGGAUCAACGGUCUCAAGGAUGCGUCAAAAAAAAGAAAAAUAUGCAACGACUGCCAUGUCUCUUCCCUGGACUGGCUGCACGCAGAGCGGCUAACCUCAGAGCGGCUGCUUACGGACGCCACCGCACCAAGACAGACUCCUCCCUGGAUCAGGUUCUGAGGGGGGGGCGUUGCCUCCGUGGAGGCCCCCUGCGGUUUCACACCACCCAAAAAAUCACCAUCUAGCAAUAGAAAGGACUGUUUUUAUGGUGACGACUAACAGCACAUUACUGACAACAAAACUUGUAAGCUAACAUGUUAACGACCAUGUUCACGGAGCUCAACAACCAGCAUGCACUAACCGCCUCUCCCUCUGCUGUUCCAUCUUCGGGUCGACUGCAUACGACGCACACACAGCCCUGCUGUGAGUCUGUUACAGGAAGCAACACAGGUCAGGAGUCACUGUAUGCAAAACUUGCAAAUGUGGUUUAGUUUUUUCAGAUUAAUUUAUAAUCCAGCUGUACUUUUUUUGUUAUUUAGCUUAAAUAAAUACCUAUUUAUUUUUCAUUUCCUCGUCAUAUCACGUCAGCAGAGUGAUUUAGUAUUACGGUGGAGGAGGAGGUUUUGUACCGAGCAGAGGUCCGCUCUGCCCUUUGAUAAGUUUUGUGUGUAAAGUGUGUUUUUACUGCGUUGUAACAUUUCUCACAUGAGCGCUGAUUCCAGUGACAGCCUUGUUUGUUGAACUUUCUUUGUUGCUAACGACGACCGUUUCCUGACCAAAGGGGUUUACCCUUCACGUGUAGAGAGAACUACAGUAAUGAAUGACGGGGAUCUGCGUCCCUCCCCAAUGUCUCUUCUUCCUGGCUUUUUUUUUCUUUUUCAAAUAUUGUGUGAUUUGCAGGGAGGAUUCAUCUCUGCAUCAUCUCACUAAAUGAAGUUUUUUUGAAAAAAUAUUGAAAAAAAUAGUCAGACCAGAAGAAGACAUCUUAAAGUGAUUUUUUGUUGCUAUUUAUUUAUUGUAUGAGGGGGUUUGGCCUCAGAAGGUGUUGGGAGACGUUUGCUGCUUUCUGAUGCUCCUCUCACUGGGAUGAUAACAUGCGGGGGAGGGGGGGUUUACCACGAGUCUCUUGUGUAAAAUUAAAACUAAAAUUAUAAACAAUUUUUUGGUUCUGUUUUUGUAUUAAAAUGAUGCUUGCAGUAAAA